GCUUUGAAGUGCGUCUUAUUUCACAUGGGACAGCCUUCAAAUCUCUACCACUUUCCGUAAUGCUGGAUACAGGAGCUGAUCCUUAACAAGUACGGGUAACAUGAAAAUAACAUUAUGAAAAAUAAUGAUUAAAGACAGGGAAAGCGUGCCAUUUUAACUGAAGUAGCAGUGGGCAACUUUAUAACACAACGUACAUCUUUGCUGGCUUUACGACUUUUUUCUUGUUAAUUUUUCCUUUCGCUGAGCAAGAUUUCAAACCGAUGAGAAGAGAAGACAAGAGCAGAGCGGUCUUUGAGGACACCCUAACUUGUAACGCAGCAGUGUCACGGUGUUUUCUUUUUGAUUUUUGUUACAUCCGGCACCUGUGUCAACUCUUCUACAGGCGAAGAAGAGAAAAGCGUGAUGAAGAUCUAAGGCGGCAGUAAGUGCGCAAGACCAUUGCUUUUAAUUUGCCGAGUCUUUAAAGUUGUUAUAUGUUUGUGCGUGGAGAGAAUCAAAACCAAAAAGACCACGUUCAUGCAAGCAGCUUCGGCGGAGUCUCGCACUUCCCUGUAAACUAAUUGACUGUGCCGAUUUACUGUAGCCGGGGCGACGUUCAAGUCGGGACGGAGUGUUUUCGACUCACAGACAGAAAGUGCCUUCAGCGCCCGAAAUAUGUCCAAACCUAUGGAUCACGUCAAGCGGCCCAUGAAUGCUUUUAUGGUGUGGUCAAGAGCGCAAAGAAGGAAAAUGGCCCAGGAGAACCCGAAAAUGCACAACUCCGAAAUAAGCAAAAGGCUGGGGGCCGAGUGGAAACUGCUUACCGAGUCCGAAAAGCGACCCUUCAUCGACGAGGCUAAAAGGCUGAGGGCUAUGCACAUGAAGGAGCACCCAGACUACAAAUACCGGCCAAGACGGAAGCCAAAAACGCUGAUGAAAAAGGACAAAUUUGCUUUUCCCGUUCCCUACAGUCUGGGCGACCACGAGGGACUUAAGGCAAACGGCUUGCCGGGAGGAUCGCUCUCGGAGUCACUGUUCGCUAACCCGGACAAAGCGGCAGCCGCCGCCGCCGCAGCUGCUGCCCGAGUUUUCUUCAACCCUUCUGCGGCGGCCAACCCUUACUCGAUUUUUGACUUGGGCUCGAAGAUGGCAGAUAUAUCGCCGCCGUCCUUCCCGUACGCUUCGCCUCUCGGUUACCCGAGCGGAGCUACGGCUUUCUCUGGGACUGGAGGGGUGGGCAGUGCUACGCACACUCACACUCACUCGCACCCUUCUCCGGGCAAUCCGGGCUACAUGAUCCCUUGUAACUGCACUGGCUGGCCCUCCGCGGGACUUCAGCCUCCUCUCGCAUACAUCCUGCUUCCUGGCAUGGGUAAACCCCAGCUCGAGCCGUACCCUGCGUACGCGACGGCGUUAUGACAGCUCGGCGAAAAGAGACACUGUGUAAAUGUGUAAAGACAGAAGGCAAGACGGAGUUUAUUACUUGCAUGAGCAGGUGUAUACAUGUGACAGGAGAAGAAGUGGCUCUCGGUGUCACAUGUGUAUGUGUAUCAAUUCAUACCUUUGUAAAAGGUACUUUCUUUUUAUUUUUUUUCUUGUUUUGCAAUUGACACAUAAGCAAACCAACACAAGAGGACAAAAAUACACACACAAAAAAAACGAAAACUGGACAGAAGAAAGGAGCUACGCAGAAUUGUUCUGCAAAAGGGAAAUGUGAACAUCUGAAGAAAACUAACUUAUUUCACUGCAACCUGUUGCACAUGCCAUCUGUGAAACGGACUGCUAAGGAAUCCCAUCAGCCAUUGACUGUGAAUGAAAACUUAUUUUUUAAAGAAAAGAUACUGAUCUCUUUUUUUUUCUAAAAAGAUGUUUAAUGAUAUAUAACAACAAAAAAAUAUCAAGGCAAUAAGUAUGAAUCACAAAACAACCUAUCCCAACUAUUUUUU